UCUGUUUCCAAAAUGGCAUCCGUUUGCAAACGUCUUGUUUCUGUGGGCACUUUCGGUCGAAAUAUACGCUUACAUAGUCGUAUAUUCUCCACUUCACCAACAGCAAAUGCUGGUGAAGACUCUUCGGAUCCUAAAAAGCAGGCGAAAGAACAAAUCUACCAUGUACGGGAGCGAGGAUACCAGCUUCUUCGAGACCCAAGAAUUAACAAGGGUAUGUCAUUUUCUUUGAAAGAACGCCAGCACUUAGGAAUCCAUGGCCUUUUACCCCCUGCCCUACUGGACCAAGAUGCCCAAGUAAUAAGGGUUAUGGAAAACUUCCACAAAAAGGAAACAGACUUGGAAAAGUAUAUCUUACUUUGUGGAUUACAAGACAGAAAUGAGAAGCUAUUCUACAGGGUAUUAUCUGAGAAUGUUGAGAUGAUGAUGCCCAUUGUGUACACUCCCACUGUUGGGCAAGCAUGUCAGCUUUAUGGUAUGGCCUUCAGGAAGCCUAAAGGUCUUUUCAUAACAGUGCAUGAUGCUGGUCACAUAUAUGAAAUACUUUGCAACUGGCCUGAACCCAAGAUUAAGUCUAUAGUUGUAACUGAUGGUGAGAGAAUCCUAGGACUUGGGGAUUUAGGAGCAUUUGGUAUGGGAAUCCCUGUAGGCAAACUAUCAUUAUAUACAGCACUUGGAGGGGUUGAUCCAUCAACUUGUCUUCCUAUUGUUAUUGAUGUGGGAACAAACAAUGAGGCUCUUCUUAAUGACCCUUUGUACAUUGGAUUAAGGCAAAAAAGAGUAACAGGCAAAGUCUAUGAUGAUCUUAUAGAUGAGUUUAUGGAGGCAGUUGUGAAAAGAUAUGGUCAGUCAACUCUAGUUCAGUUUGAGGACUUUGGUAAUCACAAUGCCUUCAGAUUCUUGGAGAAAUACAGAAACAAUUACUGCACCUUCAAUGAUGACAUUCAAGGCACAGCUGCAGUUGCUGUGGCAGGCAUCCUAGCCAGUACCAGAAUCACAAACAAACGUCUCUCAGAUAAUGUCUUCCUCUUCCAAGGGGCUGGAGAGGCCUCCAUAGGUAUUGCUAACCUGAUUGCCAUGGCAAUGGUGGAAGAAGGUACAUCUGAAGAAGAGGCCAUUAGCAAAAUCUGGAUGGUUGAUUCAAGGGGUCUCAUAACCCAGGAUCGUCCAUCAGGUGGUGUAACUGGUCAUAAGGCCCCAUUUGCCAAGCCCCACAAAGAUAUUAAAGACCUUGGGGAAAUUGUCAAAGCCAUCAAGCCCACUGCCCUGAUAGGGGCUGCUGCUGUCCCUAACGUCUUUACUGAGGAGAUUAUUCGUGGAAUGGCGUCCUGGAAUGAAAGACCUGUUAUAUUUGCUCUGAGUAAUCCCACCAGUCACGCUGAAUGUACAGCUGAGCAGGCCUAUAAAUACACAGAUGGAAAGUGUGUAUUCGCCAGUGGAAGUCCAUUUGACCCAGUUGAAGUCAAUGGGAAGACAUUCUACCCAGGUCAGGGUAACAAUGCCUACAUCUUCCCCGGUGUGGCUCUAGGGGUGACAUCAUGCGGAGUUAGACAUGUCACAGAAGACAUAUUCUUAAGAUCUGCCCAGACACUUGCCAAAAUGGUUACAAAGGAGGAUUUAGCCCAAGGCAGGGUUUAUCCCCCUCUUAGUGACAUCCAAGAAGUAUCAGCUAACAUGGCUAUUAACAUUGCAAAAUAUGUCUACAAGAGGGGCUUGGCUUCCCACUAUCCUGAACCUGCAGACAAGGCAGCAUUUAUACGUUCUCAGAUGUAUAAUACAGACUAUGAGCGCUUUAUACCUGAUACAUACACAUGGCCAGAACAGUAGACUAAUUAUUUAAAUUCUGUAUUGCGACAUAUGUAUGGCUUAAGGUGGGCUUAGUAGUGUGACUUUUGGAUAUGGUUUUGAAUGUGUAUGAAUGCUUACACAGACAAGUUUAUAACCAGGAGUACAUUGUUUAAAACAUCUUUAGUAAUUCCUAAGUCUGAGUUCCUAUUUAUGAUGUGCUAUUUCUGAUUAUUCAUGAUAUUAUUUAUGAUGUCAUGAUUUCCAUGGUUACAUCUACAAAAAUUUCUUAAUUACAAAUGUUUUUCAAAAUAGAUCCCAGAUGAGUCAUUCUAGUUGGCCUACAUUAAGGGGAGU